AUGGAAAUCAUUCUUGAAUGCGGCUCGAAUUUUCCAAAGGCGGACAUAGUGCAGUGGUGUGACCCAUACCUCAUAGUCAAGUAUACUGAAGGUGGAGUUGCGAAGUCCUUUAAGACUACAAUUCAAAAAAACACCGCGACACCGGUGUGGAAUAAUCACUUUGAGUGUUUAACGCCGAGUGGCCAAAUCACAUUUGAAUGUUGGGAUUGGGACAAAAUGAACUCCGAUGAUUUUUUGGGGAAGGUAGUGAUUGAUGUCCCCGAGUUAACGAAAUUGGAAGAAACUAUUAUCUAUCGCGUCGACUUAGAAAAGGAAUAUGAAAAGAAGCGUAAAAACAAUGACUUAGACACUACUAUAACAAUCAAAUAUCGAAAUCUGCAUUAUGUAGAGACUACCCCACAAGUCAUACAGACGAUGAUGACAUCGGAGAGUUCAAUGAGUUCAUCACUGAGAGGAUCAAGUCGGUCAAUUGCAUCGAAAAAGUCCGACCAACAAAUUCAAUUAGAAAUAGAAGAAGGGAAGAAGAGAGAAUACUUGAAAGGGUAUUUGCCGAUAUUACAAGGGUUCACCAAAAAGGCCAAUUUCAGACUGUUGUUCUCGUCUGAUUUGUUCCCCGUCAAAGCCGAUGUCAUUGCUCAGAAAAUUAUGAUGAAGAGGAAUGUGAUGACUUUGAUAAUAACACAGAGUGGGUGUUCCUUUGGAUUUUAUAAUGAUGAGCCGAUCACAAAAGAUGAAAAUGGCAAUGGGCAAGUCAUUAAUGACAAAAAUGGGUUUGUCUUCAGUGUCGUUGGGCCGAAACAACAGCCUUUAAAGUUGAACACAAUAAACCCUAAAGAUGCCACUUUCUGCUUAUUCAAUGGGAUCGAACACACGUCGGGAAUAGUCCUUGGCGUUAAUAAUGCAUUCUAUUUGAAAGAAGACAUGACAGUCUAUGAGUUAAAUACUAUCCAAAAGUCUUUCGAUGCGACAGUCAAAGGAAAUGUCUUACUCUCUGAAUACUUCCCUUCUACUUUUCCUAUUGCAAAAGUGUUCAUGUUGCAAUGGAUGUGA